AUGGCUCGCAAAACCUUCCCCCUAGCAGAAAUACUCGCAGUUGCGAAAAUCCAUCCGUUCUACAACCCCAGUGUAGUCUAUCCACCUGACCAGGAGAAGAUUCAGUCUGCUGUGCAAUCGGCAGAUACGCAAUCUCUGGAAGCUCUGCGUGCCACCUUCGAGUCACUGCCUCUGGUCAGCAAGAAGAAUCUCUAUCAUGUCAUUGAGCGAUUGACAAAAGACCUGAGCCCCCAAAAUGAGUACCGGCGUAGCUCCUAUGUCAGCAUUACAGGCGGUGGCUCCGGAGGGCUUCCAUUGAUGUUUAUAUCUGAUACCAGAGAGAACCGUCAGCAACGCGCAGUAUUUGGCGAGUUUCUGAGCACCUGUGGAGUUAUAGAGCCGCAUGAUUGGAUUUUGACAACGCAUGCUUCAGGGUAUUUGUAUAGGUCCCUCGACCUCAUGAGCGAAAUUAUGGAAAAUGCAGGAGGGACCGUCUUCAGCGCCGGCAAUUUCAUGACUCCCGACGAAGUCGUGCGCGCCAUUGCCCACUACAAUAUUAACGUGUUGACCGGCGAUGGCAGCCAAGUCAUCCAAGUAAUUCACUAUAUUUCGACCCUUCCGGAAGAGAAGCGAAAGGCGAUCAAGUUAACAAAAGUGAUCUAUACAUCUGAGCCCCUGACCGAUGGCCAGAAAAAGCAUAUUGUUGCAACACUGGGUCCCGUCAAAAUAUGCUCCAUCUUAGGAAGUGCAGAAGCAGGGCCAUACUCGAUACACAACCCGGAUCUUACGGGAGAAGCAGGCUUAGCAGGCUACACGGACUUUGUGUUUGACACCCGUCACAUCCUGAACGAAAUACUUCCUAGCUCUGUCAUGGAAAGCGAUUCCCCCACUGCCCUCAAACCCCUGCCGGAGGGUCAAGAGGGAGUCCUCGUGCAGACGUCGUUGCAACGUCGUCGAAACCCCCUUGUGCGCUAUAUUACUGGCGAUGUCGCCUCCAUCCACCCAUUACCAGAAACGGCGCGAUCCGUUGUUCCUGAAUCGGAACUGAAACACUUCCGGAUUCUGCGUCUGCGAGGUCGUGACCGUCGGUUUAGUUUCAAGUGGUAUGGGGUUUAUUUUGAGUUUCAUAAUAUUGAGAAGCUCAUGCAGAGAGAUGGAUUUGGAGUUUUGCAAUGGCAGGUUAUCAUCGGAACCCAUGAAUCAUCUCCACAGACAGUCCUCGAGGUCCGGUUGCUCCGGAAGGAAGCCAGCCAAUGCUCGAUUUCUCUCGAGGACUUCGUCUAUGAACUGGAAACGUUCUUCUUCGUCCUGCCUGAGAAUCGUCAUUUAUUCAAGCUGACUUUUGUGGAAGACUUAAACGCCAAGAUCCAUGAAAUACCACAGCCAGCAGAAAAGCUGGAAGUAGAGGAUGGCCCGCAGGACGAGGAUAACGCUGAAUACCCAUCAGGGUUCAAACUUAUCGUGAUUCUUGUUGCCAUUUUCCUGUCUUUAAUUCUCACAGGACUGGACUUCAACAUGAUUGCAACAGCGAUGCCCACCAUCACCACACAUUUUCAGACUAUCGCCGAUGCUGGUUGCAUUAUAGCACGAAGUUUUCCUCUUCGCAAACGCCCGAUCUUUACUGGCCUGGCAGCAGCAUUCGAAGGUAUAUCGUCGGCUGUUGCCCCAAUGUUGGGGGGCGUUCUAACUCAGUACCUCUCAUGGCGAUGGUGCUUCUACAUCAACCUCCCCCUCGGAGGUUUGUCCUUUAUAUUGAUCUUACUAUUUUUCCGGGACCCCGUGAAAAGUGAUCUCACCUCCCUGCCAUGGAAGGAAAAGCUGCGGCGACUUGACCUUCUAGGAGCCGGUCUGUUUGUCCCUGCCAUUACAUUCCUGCUGUUAGCCCUUCAAUGGGGUGGCACGACAUACCGAUGGAAUGACAAACGAAUCAUCAUUCUGUUCGUAUUAUCUGGUGUGUUCCUGGCUGCAUUUGUCUGGCAGGAAAAGCGAAAGGGCGAUAACGCACUGCUCCCCGGACGAGUGAUGCGCUCUCGAAGUGUGCUUGCCGGCAUGUGGUUUGGGCUCUGCAACAACACUUCGUUUCCCAUUGCAGCUGGUCUGCUGACGACAAUACGCACGAACCAGUCCCUCGCCUCUCUGAUCUGCUACCAGGCCUUGUUAGGUGUUGGGACAGGAAUCGGCUACCAGGGCCCCCAAGUAGCCGUGCAGACUGUCCUUCCUGUCGCCGACGCUUCGACGGGGAUUGCGCUGAUUAUAUUCGCGCAGAACGUUGGGCCGGCCAUUUUCGUUGCCAUUGCGCAGACGGUAUUCACUGGCGAGCUACUUGCGCGCCUAGGCGGGAUUUUACCGAACAUGGACACGCAGUCAUUGACGAGCAUGGGGUUCUCCGAUAUAGAACGGCAUGUUGAUCCUGGUAAUAUGCCUCGUGUGAUCGAAGGGUACAAUAAGGCUUUGACUACGGCGUUCUUUCUUUCGGUGGGCUUGGCUUGUGCGACAGUAGUUGGAGCCUUGGGGAUGGAGUGGAGGAGCGUGAAGAAAUGA